GCGAAUGGAAAGAGCUACAGCUCCUCGUACCGGAAGACAUAUCCAGUCGUCCGGAAAGUGAGGAUUCCUCCUAGCCGGUAUGCCCGACUGGGGGGCUUUCGCAUCUAUUCCAAAGCCACCGGGGAGGGUGAGGAGAUGUACUGGCUCCGGUGCGAUUACGCCACAGGCCACCCACUGGUCCUGAAGCAGAAUGCGGAUGGCUCCAUGGAGCAGCGCAGCUUCGAGCUGUUUAGCACCAGGCGGACGGACUUGGAAAAAGGGCAGAACCUGACGGUGCUUGCCGACGCGACCCUGGUGAGGCCUGCAGGUUUCGAGAAGGAGAGGGGAGGGAGUCCCAGAGAGCUGCACCCCUUUUUUUUUGUCGGAAUCUUCCUGAGAUUCUCUUGGAUAGUCCAGAAAUUUGUAAGGGUCAUUAAAUCAACACUUUGGAUUCAAUGA